AGAGAGACGCCAGCCGCCGGCGGCGCUAGCACCUCGGAGUCGGGCGGCCGGAGCAGCGGAGCGCAGCGCGGCGCAGGGAACGGCACUGGGGGUUGGGAGACCAGCCCGGCCGAGCCGAGGGCCACCCCCUGGUCCUCUGCCCUCGCGCCCCGCCAGGGCCAGGUGCACAAAAAGCUUUAAACAAGUUAAAAUCUAGGCAACAGACUCCGUGAAGUGUUGACUGCCCAACUUAAUCAUGACUGUGAUUCAAAAAUGUUAAUAAAUAAACCAAGGUGUAGAUCAUGGGGAAUUCAUAUGCUGGGCAACUGAAAUCUGCUCGAUUUGAGGAAGCUCUCCACAACUCCAUAGAAGCCUCCCUCAGAUGUAGUAGUGUGGUACCGCGGCCAAUUUUUUCCCAGCUAUACCUGGACCCUGACCAGCAUCCUUUCUCAUCUGCAGAUGUCAAACCCAAGGUGGAGGAUCUGGACAAAGAUUUGGUAAACCGCUACACUCAAAAUGGAAGUCUGGAUUUUUCUAACAAUCUAACAGUUAAUGAAAUGGAAGAUGAUGAAGACGAUGAAGAAAUGUCUGAUUCAAACAGCCCACCAAUUCCCUAUUCACAAAAACCUGCCCCAGAAGGAUCUUGCACUACGGAUGGUUUUUGUCAAGCAGGAAAGGAUUUGCGUUUGGUAUCACUGUGUAUGGAACAAAUUGACAUCCCAGCAGGAUUCCUCCUGGUGGGGGCCAAGUCUCCCAAUCUGCCUGAACACAUCCUAGUUUGUGCUGUGGACAAGCGAUUUCUACCGGAUGAUCAUGGAAAAAAUGCACUUUUAGGGUUUUCUGGAAAUUGUAUUGGCUGUGGAGAAAGAGGAUUUCGAUAUUUCACGGAAUUUUCCAACCACAUUAACUUGAAGCUCACCACUCAGCCAAAGAAGCAGAAGCACUUAAAGUACUACCUAGUCAGAAGCUCCCAGGGUGUACUGUCUAAGGGACCUCUUAUCUGCUGGAAAGAAUGUAGAAGCCGACAAUCCUCUGCUUCUUGCCACUCUAUUAAACCAAGCUCUUCAGUGUCAUCAACUGUGACCCCAGAAAAUGGGACAACUAAUGGAUACAAAUCAGGAUUCACUCAGACAGAUUCGCCGAUUCUCAGUCCAGCUAAUUCUGCAAUCAAUUUAAGUGGAGCUCAGGACCUGACCCGGAAUAAGAAUGUUGUGAAACCACUGGCUUUAUCUUUGCAGGUUGUAGGGAAGACUUUUGCGGCAGAUGCUGCUAAUGGAAACAGUAGCCAUGGAGGGAAGGGCAGUGCAUCCAGCUCCACUCCAGCCCACACAGGGAAUUACUCUUUGUCACCAAGACCUAGCUGUGCAUCAGGAGAUCAAGCUACCAUGUUCAUUUCUGGGCCACCAAAGAAACGACACCGGGGAUGGUAUCCUGGGUCACCUCUCCCCCAACCUGGCUUAGUUGUACCUGUCCCUACAGUUCGCCCUCUUUCAAGAACGGAGCCCCUUUUAUCUGCCCCAGUUCCACAGACCCCACUAACUGGAAUUUUACAACCCAGGCCCAUUCCUGCAGGGGAAACUGUAAUUGUUCCUGAAAACCUGCUGAGUAACUCAGGAGUUAGACCAGUAAUUCUGAUAGGCUAUGGCACUUUACCCUAUUUCUAUGGAAAUGUUGGUGACAUUGUUGUGAGUCCUCUGCUGGUGAAUUGCUACAAGAUUCCACAGUUGGAAAACAAAGAUUUGGAACAAUUGGGGUUGACUGGCAGCCAAUUUCUGAGCGUGGAAAACAUGAUUCUUCUGACGAUACAGUAUCUUGUGCGGCUGGGUCCUGAUCAGGUACCUCUCAGGGAAGAAUUUGAGCAAAUUAUGCUGAAAGCUAUGCAAGAAUUUACUCUGAGAGAAAGAGCCCUGCAGAUAGGUGCUCAGUGUGUCCCUGUGUCACCAGGACAACUCCCCUGGCUUGCUAGAUUAAUUGCCAGCGUAUCUCAAGACUUGGUUCAUGUGAUUGUGACCCAGAACUCUUUGGCGGAGGGCAUUUCAGAGACCUUAAGGACUCUCAGUGAAAUGAGACACUAUCAAAGGCUGCCAGAUUAUGUGGUGGCAAUUUGUGCAUCAAAAAUCAGAGGAAAUGAAUUUUGUGUGGUGGUGUUAGGUCAGCACCAGUCCCGAGCUCUGGCAGAGAGCAUGCUCACCACAAGUGAGUUUUUGAAAGAAAUUAGUUAUGAGCUUAUCACAGGAAAGGUCAGUUUCCUGGCAUCACAUUUCAAAACCACAUCAUUAGGCGAUGACCUAGACAAGCUGCUGGAAAAAAUGCAACAAAGAAGAGGAGACAGUGUGGUUACCCCUUUCAAUGGAGACCUUAAUGAAUGUGUGUCACCCCAGGAGGCUGCUGCUAUGAUUCCCACACAAAACCUGGAUUUAGAUAACGAAACCUUCCACAUUUAUCAACCGCAGCUAACAGUUGCCAGAAAACUCUUAUCCCAGGUGUGUGCUAUAGCGGACAGUGGCAGCCAGAGCCUGGACCUCGGUCACUUCAGCAAAGUAGACUUCAUCAUCAUUGUCCCCAGAUCGGAGGUGUUGGUUCAGCAAACUCUUCAACGGAUUCGACAAUCAGGUGUCCUUGUAGACUUGGGUCUGGAGGAAAAUGGGACAGCCCAUCAGAGAGCAGAAAAAUAUGUUGUUCGUCUAGACAAUGAGAUUCAAACCAAGUUUGAAGUUUUUAUGAGGAGAGUGAAACAGAACCCGUACACACUGUUUGUGCUAGUUCAUGACAACUCCCAUGUGGAACUAACGAGCGUCAUUUCAGGCUCUUUGUCACAUGGCGAACCCAGUCAUGGGCUAGCUGAUAGAAUCAUUAAUUGCAGAGAAGUUCUGGAAGCUUUCAACCUCCUGGUGCUCCAGGUCAGCUCCUUCCCAUACACUCUGCAGACCCAACAGUCCCGCAUUAGCUCUAGCAAUGAGGUUCACUGGAUACAGCUGGAUACUGGGGAGGACGUGGGCUGCGAGGAGAAGCUGUACUUUGGCUUGAAUGAGUACAGCAAGUCUCUGCAGUGGGGGAUCACGAGCCCACUUCUGAGAUGUGACGAGACUUUUGAAAAAAUGGUGAACACACUCUUGGAGAGGUACCCCAGGCUGCACAGCAUGGUCGUCCGCUGCUAUCUUCUCAUCCAGCAGUACUCUGAGGCCCUGAUGGCUCUCACCACCAUGGCAUCACUCCGAGACCACAGCACACCGGAAACACUCAGCAUUAUGGAUGACCUCAUCAGCUCCCCAGGCAAAAACAAAAGUGGGAGGGGACACAUGCUCAUUAUCAGGGUGCCCUCGGUGCAGCUGGCGAUGUUAGCCAAGGAGCGGCUACAGGAGGUGCGCGACAAACUGGGUCUGCAGUAUCGGUUUGAGAUCAUCCUUGGGAACCCGACCACCGAACUCAGUGUUGCAACUCACUUUGUGGCGCGAUUAAAGAGUUGGAGAGGAAAUGAACCAGAAGAGUGGAUCCCUCGGACAUACCAAGAUUUAGAUGGUCUACCUUGUAUUGUGAUAUUAACUGGCAAAGAUCCUCUUGGAGAAACCUUUCCCAGGUCUUUGAAGUACUGUGACCUCCGGUUAAUUGACUCAAGCUAUUUAACUCGCACGGCCUUGGAGCAGGAGGUGGGUCUGGCAUGCUGCUAUGUCUCAAAAGAGGUCAUCCGGGGACCCACUGUUGCCCUGGACCUCAGCGGGAAAGAGCAGGAGAGAGCUGCUGUCAGUGAGAAUGACUCCGAUGAGCUGCUCAUCGACCUGGAGCGGCCCCAGAGCAACAGCAGCGCUGUCACAGGGACCUCGGGUUCCAUCAUGGAGAAUGGAGUGAGCUCUUCCAGCACAGCUGACAAAUCCCAGAAGCAGUCCCUGACCCCCAGCUUUCAGAGCCCAGCCACCAGCUUGGGGCUGGAUGAAGGGGUCUCCGCCAGCUCAGCUGGAGCCAGAGCCGGGGAGACUCUGAAGCAGGAGUGUGACUCCCUGGGCCCCCAGAUGGCGAGCAGCACCACCUCCAAGCCGUCAUCGUCGUCCUCAGGACCCAGGACCCUCCCAUGGCCGGGACAACCCAUCAGAGGCUGCCGGGGCCCACAUGCAGCCCUGCCACCAGUAGUGAUCCUAUCCAAAGCGGCCUACAGCCUCCUGGGCUCCCAGAAGAGUGGCAAGCUGCCAUCCUCCUCAUCCCUGCUGCCCCACGCUGACGUGGCCUGGGUGAGCUCCCUGCGGCCGCUCCUGAACAAGGACAUGAGCAGCGAGGAACAGUCCCUCUACUAUAGGCAGUGGACCUCGGCCCGGCAGCACCAUGCCGACUACAGCAACCAGCUGGACCCGGCCUCUGGCACCCGAAACUUCCACCCCCGGCGGCUCCUGCUGACAGGGCCCCCACAGGUGGGAAAGACGGGCUCCUAUUUACAGUUCCUCAGGAUCCUCUUCCGCAUGCUCAUCAGGCUUCUGGAGGUGGACGUGUAUGAUGAGGAGGAGAUCAACACCGAUCACAGUGAAAGCAGUGAAGUGAGCCAGUCAGAGGGAGAGCCCUGGCCUGACAUCGAGAGCUUCAGUAAAAUGCCUUUUGAUGUCAGUGUGCAUGACCCCAAGUACAGUUUGAUGAGCCUGGUGUAUACUGAGAAGCUGGCAGGGGUCAAACAAGAAGUGAUAAAGGAAUCCAAAGUUGAAGAGCCCAGGAAACGGGAAACUGUGUCCAUAAUGCUGACCAAAUAUGCAGCCUAUAACACCUUUCACCACUGUGAACAGUGCCGCCAGUACAUGGACUUCACCUCUGCCUCCCAGAUGUCUGACUCCACCCUUCAUGCCUUCACAUUCUCUUCUUCUAUGCUGGGAGAAGAGGUUCAGCUCUAUUUCAUCAUUCCCAAAUCCAAAGAGAGUCAUUUUGUCUUCAGCAAGCAGGGCAAGCACCUGGAGAGCAUGCGGCUGCCCCUGGUUUCAGACAAGAAUUUGAACGCAGUCAAGAGCCCUAUUUUCACUCCUUCCAGUGGUCGACAUGAGCACGGACUCCUAAACCUUUUCCACGCCAUGGAGGGCAUCAGCCACCUUCACCUCCUGGUGGUCAAAGAGUAUGAGAUGCCUCUGUACCGCAAGUACUGGCCCAACCACAUCAUGCUGGUGCUUCCCGGCAUGUUCAAUAAUGCAGGCGUGGGUGCUGCCAGGUUCCUCAUCAAGGAGCUAUCAUAUCACAACCUAGAACUGGAGAGAAACCGCCUGGAGGAGCUAGGCAUUAAACGCCAGUGUGUCUGGCCUUUCAUCGUCAUGAUGGAUGACUCAUGUGUCCUAUGGAACAUUCACAGUGUUCAGGAGCCAUCCAGCCAGCCCAUGGAAAUAGGAGUUUCCAGUAAGAAUGUGUCCUUGAAGACUGUCUUGCAGCACAUUGAAGCCACACCAAAAAUUGUCCACUAUGCAAUCUUGGGCAUACAGAAAUGGAGCAGCAAGCUGACUUCUCAGAGCCUAAAGGCCCCAUUCUCUAGGUGUCACGUGCAUGAUUUCAUUCUCCUCAACAUAGACUUGACUCAGAAUGUGCAGUAUGACUUCAACAGGUAUUUCUGUGAAGAUGUUGACUUUAAUCUGAGAACGAACAGUAGUGGCCUGCUCAUCUGCCGCUUUAAUAACUUCAGUCUCAUGAAGAAACAUGUUCAGGUUGGAGGGCAAAGGGACUUUAUCAUUAAACCAAAGAUCAUGGUGUCAGAGAGCUUAGCACCCAUCUUGCCCCUUCAAUACAUCUGUGCUCCCGACAGUGAACACACGCUACUGGCAGCCCCUGCACAGUUUCUCCUGGAGAAAUUCCUUCAGCACGCCUCAUAUAAACUCUUCCCCAAAGCCAUCCAUAACUUCAGGAGUCCUGUGCUGGCCAUUGACUGCUACCUUAACAUUGGACCAGAGGUGGCAGUAUGCUAUAUCAGCUCCAGACCCCACUCCAGCAAUGUCAACUGUGAAGGGGUGUUUUUCAGUGGACUCCUUUUGUACCUCUGUGACUCUUUUGUAGGUGCUGAUCUUCUUAAGAAAUUUAAAUUUCUAAAAGGUGCUACGCUGUGUGUCAUCUGCCAAGACAGAAGUUCCUUGCGCCAAACAAUUGUCCGCUUAGAGCUAGAAGAUGAGUGGCAGUUCCGCCUCCGGGACGAGUUUCAAACUGCUAACAGCAGUGAUGACAAGCCUCUCUACUUUCUUACUGGACGUCAUGUAUGAGCUUUUGAAGAGACCAAAAACAGCAGAAAAAUGCCUAGGUGGGAUGGGACAGAAAAAAUUUGAGUUUUUUUUUUCCUUUAAAGUACAAUCACUGUGAAGCAAAGUGCAACAUAUUUGUCUAAAUUCUCCAAAGAACUCCCCAAAUCCAAUCCAGGUCUUUGGGGACAUCACUUUCCUUCAGUUCCAAUUACAGGACCCUUAAAUUCAGGUAAACUCUACCCUAGGCAGUUAUGCAAUUACUUAAGAUACGGUCUGCCCAUGGGAUCCUGAGGAGGAUAUACUUUGGAGAGUGAAUAUGGAGUUUGCAUUAUUUUUUUCUAUUACACUAUGUUAGAGGGAAACUGACUGUCAGGAUUAACUAGCCUGAAUGUGUUACAUGAGACUCAUGCCAUUGGUGUGGAAUUAAUUGAAGAUUAACGUUUGAGGCCUGAACCCUCAGUUUCUCUUCAGAUCUGUACUUUGGUACAGUAUUACUCAGGGGUUUGAAAUGAUAGAAUGUAGACGAUAUUUGUAUUUAAAAAAAUAAGUAGCUUUGUCUUUCUCUGUGCAGUGUUAGUUUAAGAUUUAUAAUCUUCUAUGUAUUGAAACUUUUGGCAAAAUUUCCACAGGAGUUAAAAGUUUACUAUUUAAACUGAACAAACAAAUCAGUAAAUGCAGAGCAGGCAUUGUGUGCAUUUAUGCAUCUUCUCCUAGCCUAAUUCCUUUGCUUUACCCAUUCUUUAAAUGUGUUUCCAGUCUUUAAGAAUAUCUUAUCUAUGAGACUAUGGAACAGUGAUUAAUCUUUUGCAAGAAUUUGAUUAAGUCAGUUGAGUUAAGCUUUCAGCAGGUAACCUGCACCCACCAUUUGGUUAGAAUUAAGCAGUUGGCACCAGCAAACCUAAAUGUCAGGCUGAGGUUCUGUUGCAGAGUGAAACUAGUUUGCUUCCUUUCAGGGACUCAAGCAAAGCUUCCUUUAAAAGAUGCACUAAAUAUUACCACCUUACACAGACAACGCCACAGAAAUUGCCGAAUUGGGAAAUUGAGCCAUAGAAAGAGAAAUGUUUUUUUACUUAAUCUUACCAGUGACUCUUGUGAGGAGUAAGGAAGACUCCAUUAAGAGUCUUUUUGAUUCAUUAAAAUCAGCAGGGGGUGUUUGUCCAGUAUCAGCAAUGGGAGGCAUAUGUUUCUACAGAUUUCUCAAAUAUUUUAAUCAAAAACAUUAUUUUUAGAAAGUGUUCUAGACAAAACUAAGUCUUAGAAGUUUACUCUUAAAUUACUCCAGUUCUCAUCAUUGAACAAUCUCUUCAGAGUUUUCUCAUUAGCCCAUAUUUACUACUUUAUCCCCACUUCAAAUGGCCAUUUUCACUUGAAUCGAUCUUGUUUGUGACCUGAAACUACUGAGGGGCCUACUAAGCCUGCAUUUACUUAGAACAAAUAGUGUUAAUUGACCAGCUUUAUUAUCUUAUGACAACAAGGAGUUUACAAAGCUAGUGAAAACAUGGAAUGUAUUAGACUAAAAAUGGUUUGCAGAUCUCUUGGUUUUAAUAUAGCUACUUAUAAUGCUUUAACUGUAUUUUGAAGUGAACAAUUCCUUUUAACCCCAUUUUUAAUUGUCCUUCAAAGAGGACCUGCCUUAUAUAUGCUUUAAAAAAUACUCCUUAAUUUUAGUGCAGCAGAAUUUUUGGUAAAGAGGUAUGUUUUGAAGCAGUUUGGUUUAAAUAUGAAUGUAUUUCACUUGUUCCUGUUUUGUUGAAAGGGCCUAAUGCAAAUAAUACCAAGAAACCCACUGUCUGUGCAAUAUUCCAAUAACAUUUACAUAGAGCAAAUAAAAUACUUGAAAGAAUUCUAAAACAAUUGUACCUGGGGUGGAUGGCCUCUCAGGGUUUCUUCUGGCUUUAUGACUUCAUAGUUUAAAGAACUUUUUUUUUAAGUAGUUACAUCAGAUGCAGGUACUCCAUUAGUUAGGGCUGCACUCUGAAAAUUCAAAUUAUUAUUAUGAGCUCUUAAAUACUAUUUAACUCUGUGGAAGAGAUAGAUAUGCCAGAAUAAAGCCAAAAGACCAUCACCCCCAUAACAGAGAAACUGACCUGCCUAUUCUUUUCAAAGCCUAUCUUACUAAUGUUUGGAUCUUUUAAAAUCAUCUUAUCAGUAUAAUUCUUGAGUAUGUUAGGUCCUUCUUUAAGGAUAAAAUUGCACAAGCACAGGACACCAUGAUUUGUAUAUAUAUAUAUAUCCUAGUGUGUUCAGCUUUAAGCUUUGCAAUCCCUUAGGACACUGAUGUGGGAUGAAUGGAUUCGCUAGGCCCACACAGUAACUCACCUGUAGACCUGCUGAACCUCAGCAUGUAUGACAGUUCACACAGGUUAAUACUGAAUGUAAACUAAAAACUAGAAGAGAAUUGUUGUAGUCAAUUUUUUUUGGCUGUAAUUUAUGCAAUUGCUUUUUGUGAUUUUUAGAAAAUGGGGCACCUGUGUUACUUUAUUACUGUAAAAUGUUCUUAACCAAAAUUUGGUGAAUUUCACUAGUCUACCUCACAUUUUGUUAAUGAUUCAAAAUUGUCUUGUGUCUACUGUUAUGUUUUGUCCUUUGAUUUAAUUUGCUUAAUGUAUUAAAGUUAUCUCCCACCCCCUCCAAAAAGUUAUUUUUUCUUCAUAGUUUUCUGGCAUGUUAAGAAAACAAGCUCCCUGACUCUGGCAACGUCCUAAAAAGGCUGGAAGUCACAUUAUAGGUUGGACAACCAAGAUUAAAGAGAUGUUUAAAACAUAAA